GACUAACUCCCAGAAUGCACUGCAAUGCCAACGUAGGCAAACAGGAACAUGGCCACCGGUGUUUAGCAUCAGCAGCCCAUAUUCAUAGUCGAUCGAGUUCGAUCAAAUUACCGUGAGUGUAUCAUAAUCUAAUACUUCUUGCACCUCGAAGAGUGAAGAACAUUUUUCUUGGAGUGUUUGAAACCAAACCCGGAUAGAGUCGUGUUGCUGGAAUACAUUCACUGACAGAGUGGCAAAAUGGCAAGUCCAAGGACCAGGAGAGUACUGAAGGAAGUACGCACCGAAGAUGAAAACAAUCUUUGCUUCGAGUGUGGCGCUUUCAACCCCCAGUGGGUUAGUGUUACGUAUGGUAUAUGGAUUUGUCUCGAGUGCUCUGGGAAGCACAGGGGCCUGGGAGUACAUCUCAGCUUUGUGCGCUCGGUCACCAUGGACAAGUGGAAGGAUCUCGAGCUUGAGAAGAUGAAGGCCGGUGGCAAUGGGAAGUUCCGCCAGUUUCUCGAGCUCCAGGAUGAUUAUAAUCCCUCUUGGAGUUUGCAGGAGAAAUACAACAGCAAGACUGCGGCCCUGUUCAGAGACAAGGUUGCUACAAUAGCAGAUGGCAGGGAAUGGUCCAUCGAAACUUCCACUGCCCAGAACUGGACAUCUCCUCAACCUAGGACUAGCAUGUCAAAUUCUAGCCGCUCAGUAGCACCCGGGCAAAACCCUCACAAGCCUGGCGACAAGGCGUUUGAAGAUUGGUUGAGCGAUGACGUGAACUCCUAUCAAAGCGGAGGCGGCUACAGCGGAAAUCAGGAGAACCGAUACGUCGGCUUCGGCAACACGGUGACCCCAGAGAAGAGGGAUGACGACUUCCUGAACAAUGCCAUGACGUCUAUUUAUUCAGGUUGGAGCAACUUUGCGGUCGGAGCCAGCAAGUUUGCAACUGUUGCUAAGGAUAAUACAGCAAAACUGGCAAACCAAGCAACUCUAAAGGCCGCAGAGUUAGGACAGACAAUAAAUGAGAAUGUUAUCAAACCCACCCAGGAGAAGGUUAAAGAAGGGAAGUUGCUAGAUGAAAUGACAGUAGGCAUCUCUGGGCUGGCCAACAAGGUUCAGGGGGCUGGCUCCAAGCUGACUGAUCUCUUCAUGGGAAAAACCGAGGAUGGGUCCACUGGAGACAGCUACCAGAACAUGGAGUCGACCGGGGUCUACGAGGCUGGCUCCGGGCAGCCUCCAGCCAAGGACUUCUGGGAAACCUUUGGCAGCAACACCUCCCUGAAGCCCAAGAAGUCCCCCAGCAGCGACAGUUGGACCGUGGCGGACAACUCCACCAAGAAGAGCUCCGACAGUUGGGACAAUUGGGGCUCGGAGGCGGCGUCAAACAACAAGCACAGCACCGGGGACAGUUGGGAGGCCUGGGACAACAACUGGGAGAAGGCGGGCGACGCGAAGCCCACUAAGAGCCCUUCAAAGCCCGCUGAGGAAAGCUGGGAGAAUGCAGACUGGUAGUGGUCACACACACACACACACACACACCCUCACCUCUCUUCCUGGUCCUUUCUCAUCCCUCCAUCUCACAGACACUUUCAGGGAAAGGAAAGUCCGAUCUUGUUAAUCCAUUUUUAUAUCAUAGCUAUUCAUGAGUUGCCAUUUCUGAUGUCAAAGUGUCUUCAGUGGAUUCAUUUGAACUCAAAAAUCAACGUCAAUUUCUAUUUCCUCUUGUGAAUAAAUCAGUGUUUAUGUCGGGUGAGUUAGUGGGGCCUUUGAUUUCGCCUUACAUUUAUUUAUGCAUAAGGUUGCGUUUAUUGUCAAAAGCGUAUACCCCAUCUACAUGAUAACCCUCCUCAUUUUGGUACAGUAUUCUGCCUCAAAUAAUAGUAUUGUGUAGAAUAUUCAAAUGAGUUAAAAACGUACAUGGUAAUAUAGUAUCAAAAUGUAGUUGGCAAAUGUUUUAUAUAUUUUUGAUGCAUGAUUUAUUAUUUAUGUUUGUCUUGCAAAUAUUAAAAGCUCAAGGAAGUAUACUAUAUUGUUGAAAAGACAGCUUAAUUAUAGAAAUUGGUGAAGAUAUUCAUGUGGAUGAAAUAAAUUAAAAUAGGGAAACUGGUUUGUAAAAGUCACCUACUUUUACAAACCAGAAAUCUGCUCAGAUUCAUCUCUAUGAUCACAUCAAAUUUGAGUGGCCAAAUAUGAAUUCAUCUUUUGGGGAAGGUUUUGCAAAUGGUAAGCGCAAACUAGGGUUAGUAAAACAGAAGUUGUACCAUCAUGAAACCAUGUCCCCGCGACAAACGUUGAAAGCUUCUUAAACGUCUCUCCCCGUCUAAAACUUCUAAUUUUGACCUUAAUCUGACAGGCAAGCCCUUUCAUAAAAUUUAAACAGGAAGAAAAACUCCUGUAAAAUCUUAAAUUAGGUAAAAAACAAAAAUCGAUUUAACCCAUGAUAAUAGGAAAGAACAUUUGUAUUUAUUGUAUAGAUUUUAUUUUCAAAUAAAAUAUUUCAUAGGGACCUGAUUAUAUUUUCUUAAAAUCAAAAAUGUAUAUCAGAAUAUUUGAAGAUGCAUGAAUGUAUUCUUUUCACAAAUGUUUGCCAUUCUCAAUUUGUAGAAUCCCAUUUUAAAUCCCUGCCUUAUUGCUCAUUGGUGCACUCGGUCUGAGCCAUAUAUAGAUGCAUAUUUACCCAGCAUGCCAUGCUGGACGGUUCAUAAUUAUGUCCUGGGCAAUAGGCAAUAUCAUAAUUUAAAAGUUUCCUCUGUAUAGUGAUGAUUCUCUAACCUGAAUCGUUUGUAAAGCUGGAUUGUGUGUGCUUCAUUAGUCAUGUAAUUUAAGAAUAAAAAACAUAACUAUCAAGACAUACUUCAUACAUGGAGUAUGUCUUCGACUAGAGGAAUUGACACUUUUCUAACUCUGGGUGUCAUGGACAUACACCUAUGAGCUUAGUUUACCAAAUGAAUUGUUAUUUAGUGGGGUUUCCUUACACCAACAAAACGUAAUCUCUGUCCAGGGCGUUUUAUAUGCUAUAGUUCCCCCAUAGACGCACAAUGUGUUGAUGCUACUAACUGAUAGGAAUUUUGUAUGCUGUGACCCCUUAUUCAAAGUUAUGUCUUUUUUUUCCCCAAUUUUAGGUUUGUGUACAAUCCAUACAACCUCUUGCAUAUUAUCUAUAUGAAUUAUCAGCUUUGUUUCUUUAUAUAUAUGUCCUGUUCACCCUGCAUGGCCCCAUAUGUGUAAGACCUAUGACUUUGUACAUUUCGAACAGAAAUACUAUUGUAAGAUGUCAGCAUGUGUUGUGAAAUGCAGGAAGUGUUGAUUAGAAUUGAAGUCUUCAUUAGUGUGCUCUAAUUGUUAUAAAACACUAUUAAUUGGUCCCAUGCAUGCAUUGGACAAAUGUAUACCAGAUGUUUUGGAAUAUAAUGGCUAUUCUAGGUGAUGUGAGUGCGGUUCCCAUGGUGCAACGUGCUUGGACUUGAAAGAUGUAGUCCCCCUGAUCCCAUGUACAGCCUCCACUGCCAAUGUGGAGCAACUCCAAACCCAUCCAUGUUUUAGUGUUCGGUUGAGGCUUUUGUGUUAUAACCAUUCUAACUGCCCCUAGUUGUCACAAGUGCAGAUACUAACAAGUAAAUAAUGGUCACCAUUGCAGAUACUAACAAACGUGAAUCCUAGGCUUUUAAUCAUAUCUGAUGCUGUGAUGCUGUGUGUAGCCAUGUUCUCUGCUGUAAAUGGCCGAUCUGUAACUCAUUCACGUGAAGAGGGGACGGGUACCUCCCUGUGUGGGUCUACUUAGGUGACCUUCAGGUUCAUUUUGGGAGCCUUCCUAUGACUUCCCCUUCUGGAUAGAUGUGAUCCGACGGCAUUCAGGCGACUCGCUCCCCAAAGUCGCCUAUACAUUCCAUCUCUUCCCUUGAUAGGUUUACUGUGUUGAGAACUUGAUUUAUGUAACCCGGGGGGGGGGGGGUGCUAUCUAGAUGGGUCUGAUGCAUUCACAUGUCCUCAACUGUGACGACCCAGGGACACCCACUGCAGAGGGCCCUCUGCUGUCCCCCCCCCAACCCGGGCUAUGGUUUGCAAAAAAAAAGUUGUAUUGGUGUUUUUUUUGUGGUUGCAGUAAACCCUUUUCUUUUCAUGAUGAUGGCUCGUAUGACAUACUGAGUUUUAUGCGUGUGCCUUGUGAAUAAACAUGUAUGAUGAAUUG